AUGGAAGACAGAUUUGGAAGAAAGGACUUACCUCAUGUUAUAAGGAGACAACUGCAAGACCUUCGUCAAUUGCCAGAGGAACCUCUUGAUGAGUAUGCAGAGAGAACACAGGAUCUUGCAACUGAUGGGUUUCCAGGAACACCUGAUGAUUUUAUUCCGAUAGUUGCCACUGAUGCAUUUUUGAAAGGCUGUAUGGACAAAAAGGCAGCUCUAACAGCAAUGGAUAAGGAUCCUGAUAGUUUGGACAAAGUGCUUAAGUAUGUAAGGAGUGUUGUUACCAAUCAGAAAGUUAUUUUAGGAAAUAAAAAGCCUGAGGUUAAAAGGGUGACAUUCCAUGAAACAGAAACAGACAUGUAUAACUCACAUGGGGAUCAUGAAUCCACCACAAGUGUAAGAGCUUUGUACAGUAAAGGAACAAGUGAUACUGAUUUAACUUACAAACCCAAAGUCAAAGGUAACAUCAUACUAAAAGGUGCUGGAGCUUGUUCAGAAAUAAAAGCAGGAAUAGCAGAAAAUCUAGUCACAUUAUUACUGAAGUUCCAAGAUAUUUUCGCUAAGGAUGACCUGGAUAUUGGACUUUUCAACGGAGAUAUCCAACAUACGAUUGAUACUGGAAGUUCUCAUCCUAUUAAACAGAAAAUGCGCAGAACACCUCUGGGAUUUGAAAAAGAAGAAGAAGAACAUUUACAGCAAUUGUUAGAUAAAGGAAUUAUAGAACCAUCUACUUCAGAAUGGGCAUCACCACCAGUCUUAGUUAGGAAGAAAGACGGGAAGCUCAGAUACAGCAUAGACUUCCGGAAGUUAAAUGACGUCACUGUAAAAGACGCGUUCCCGAUUUCGAACAUAGACACCUGUUUAGACGCAUUGAAAGGAACCGUUUUCAUGUCAACGCUUGAUAUGGCCUCAGGGUAUUAUCAGGUGAAGUUAGACGAAAAAGACAGACACAAGACAGCGUUUGUUACUAAAUACGGUCUAUUUCAGUAUACAAAACUUCCAUUUGGUCUAUGUAAUAGUCCUGCAACAUUCAGCAGAAUAAUUCAGCUUGUUCUUCAAGGCCUUACCUGGAAAGAAUGUUUAGCAUAUCUUGACGAUGUCAUUGUUUUAGGCAAAGAUUUUGAUGACCAUAUCUGUAGUUUAAGUGAAGUGUUUUCGAGGUUCCAGAAGUACAACUUAAAAUUAAAACCAAGCAAAUGUCAACUGCUACAAACACAAAUGAAGUUCUUGGGGAAAAUAGUCAGCGCCGACGGAGUUGCGGUGAAUCCCGACAGUAUAGGAUCUGUAAAGAAAUGGCCAACACCAAGGAACAGAAAAGAAGUGGAAUCCUUUAUUGGAUUCGUUAACUACCAUCGUGAUCACAUAGAACAAUUUGCUGAAACUGCGGAACCUUUACAUCGACUUACUGGUCCAAAGGCAGAAUUUGCAUGGAAUGAAGAACAAACACAGUCUUUUCAAAACCUUAAAGAAGCUUUGAUAAAUUCAGUGAUAUUAAGUUAUCCAACACCUGAUGACCUCUUUAUUUUAGAUACAGAUGCUUCACAAAAAUCUAUCGGGGCAGAAUUAAGCCAGAUACAAGAUGGAGUGGAAAGAACAGUAAGCUUCGCAAAUCGUUUUUUUGUUGUUGGUUAUACUGAAAGAACAAAGAAGUGUUUCAACUUCUUAUACGUAUCAAGUUAUAUAGAAAUGGCCAUUACUGAAAUACACUUAUUAAGGCUGAUCUUAGGUUUUCUUGUGUUGCAAUGGCUUUGUAUCAUUUUGCCGACUCUUUUAGAAACAAGGGUACCAACUGAAAUUGUAGAAAAUCAGAAUCUAAUUGUAUUAGUUGAUAAGGAAAACAUAAUUAAAGAACGAAAAGUGGACAAUAAGGACACCAUAAUAGCCAUUGUUGACGAAUACCUACAACAUCACGAAAAAAGGAAUGUCCGGAAAGCGGAAGUUUUGAAUAGUUUAGGAAUCACCGAGUGUAUUGGAUGUAAGAAGUUUGAUUUCAAUACACUGCUGAACACGGGAAGAUGCCUUUACAUGCCAAACAACAACCUUCAGAUAUUAAUUAUGAUUAUGAGUAAACCAACAAAUGUACUACAGCGUAAGACUAUAAGGAAUACAUAUCUGACUGAUCUUCAAAAGAAACCUUUAAAUUAUGUUUUCGUGCUUGGAAAAACGGAUGAUCCUAGGAUGGAAGAAAACAUCAAGAAAGAAAGUGAUUUUUAUAAUGACAUUGUGAAAUUUGAUUUCUUUGACAGUUAUGAAAACUUAACUAUCAAAUCGGUUAUGGCUUUCAAAUGGGCAGUAUGGAAUUGUGAGCAUGCGCGUUUUGUUUUAAAAGUUGACGACGAUGUUUGGAUAAAUACAGGCGCUUUAUUACGCGCAUCUGAAUCGUCUCCAUUCAUCAAUCAUAUAGGAGGUUUUCGUUACAAUGAUGCUGAACCUGUAAGAAAAACACACCACAAACAUUUUGUAUCAGAGCAAGAAUAUCAAAGUGAAAAGUUCCCGCCAUAUUGUAAUGGUCCAUCUUACAUAAUGACCAUGCAAACUGCAGAGGACAUUAGUAUUGUUGCUGAUUAUCUACCCGUUCUACACAUGGAAGACGUUUUCAUUGGUUUAUGUAUACAGACAUUGAAUUAUACCGUUACUCAUAACCCAAAAUUCCAUAGGUUUGAAGGAUACCAUCAUGCAUGUUACUACAAAUCUGAUGACGUUUUAACUUACCAUCAAAUACCACCUCCUUUCUUUAAUAUCAUACAGAGGAUUAAGUGUAACGAAAGGCAAAAUUUCACUCGCAUAUCUCCUGUAGACCGAUCACAACAGUACCAGUUGAUAAACAAAAAUUUAACAGACUUUUCUAAGAGGCCAAAAUGUGACAAAUGUUUUAACUACCAACAUUCAGUAUUAAUAAGUAAUAAUGUUUGUGACCUUGGAGUAUUUUACUUAUUUGUUUUAGUAUUUUCCUCAGCUACCAACAUUAAUAGAAGAAUAACUAUAAGGAAUACUUAUCUUAAACCAUUCAGACGACAGAAUCCUCAUCUGCGUUUUUUGUUUAUUAUGGGGAACAGCAACGAUGUGCGAGUAAAUACAAUAGUGAAGGAGGAAAAUAAACAGUUUCAUGAUAUUUUGAAAUUCAAUUUUACAGAUACAUACCUGAAUUUGACUUUAAAGACUUUAAAUGGCUUCAACUGGAUAUCUCGAAAAUGCAGAAAUGCAAGAUAUGUUCUAAAAAUUGACGACGAUGUCUGGCUUAAUGCACCGGAGUUGUUGAAAACACUACAAACUAAUGUUCCUUUUCAGCAUAUCGGAGGAGAAUGUCAUUUCAAAGGGCAACCCAUAAGAAACCCAGCAAGUAAAUAUUAUUUAUCACCUGAAACUUAUCCAUAUUCUAAUUUCCCAGCUUUUUGUGCCGGACCUUCAUACAUAUUACGUAGAAAUGUCAUCAACGAUAUUAUGCAAAUAUCGCGAGAUGUGCCAUUUUUCCAACUAGAAGAUGUUUAUAUCGGGAUGUGUUUAUAUUAUCUUGGAUAUAAAGUUACAUUUCUUCCUACUUUUAACACGUACACAAAAUUUCAGUUUCAUUGUUGGUUUAAAUCGGACAAAAUUCAAACAUUUCAUUCAGUAUCGUCUAAUUUUAUGACACAAAUUUGGAGAACGGAUUGUUCAAAAUAUUCUCACGAAUUGUGGAAACAAGGAUUUCAUGGUAAAAACUUUGGUACAUUCCAAAAAUUUCGUCCAUUUGACAGCGAAUUCAGAAAAGAUAUCAACCGCGAAAAGAUAAACUCAAUAGAAAGUGUCAGAAAAUAUAUACAACAUGAACUGGCGCCUAAAAUAAGAAAUGAUUACCAUCAAAAGACAAAUAGUACAUAGAGCGAAAUGAGAUACUAAAUGUUUUUUGUGACAUGAAACUAAAAGCUCAGUUUCGGUAGGUUGCAGAUAACAAACCAGACGAGGUCUAAGUCACCUGUUGAAGGUAACAUCGAGAAAUGUCGAUUUAUCUUAAUUUCAUCAAACUGUGCUUGCUAAAUGUGGAGAAACGUCGAGUAAUCAUACUUUCAUUAAAUUUUGCAUGCUUCAUAA